UGUAGCCUUUUAAUUCGAUGCUAUAUUUAAACAUAAAAAAAGUCGACCUUGUUUUUAUAAGUCUUUAUAUACAUUGAAUUAUAUUUAAAUUUUUUAAUAAAUUUUAUCAAAUUAAGAGCAAAAAUAUACUAAUAAUAACAAUGACGGACGUAGGCAGUACACGUCUAGAGCAACAGAUAUUGGCUCGGUGUUACAUGGAAACUUAUGUCAAACAACACUCUUCGUUUCAGUUGUCAAUUUAUGAGAAAACUUUGAAGGAAGAUUUCAAAAAUCUCAACCUAUCUCCUAUGGAGGUGAAAGAUUUUUCAAAAUUCUUGGCGUCCUAUGAUGAUUUCACGCUACCCGAGCAUGAGCAGUGGGUCAGGAAACUAGGAGUUCUUGGCAACAGCGAUUUCUACGAUCUGAUGAAUAGUCUGCAAGAGUUGUAUUAUAUAAAACUUCCAUCAAAAUGCAUUUCUAAGCAUGAACUAUUUUCUAAUGGACGUCUCUUGAAUAGAGAAGUGCGUCUACUAGAUUAUUAUCAUCCAAAUUUUAAAAAAUGCAGACGGUAUAAAUUACCGUAUUGUAAAAAUAAGUUCCUCAACGAUAUCUGUUACAUAUGUUUGCAAGAGUUUGUUGAACGAACGAUCGUGCUAGAGCUGAACUGCAGACAUGCCUUUCAUUUCGAUUGCGUCAAGAUUUGGUUUUGGUCGCAGUUUAGGACCAUCUGUCCGACCUGUCGAGCCAAACAGACAAUGAUAAGCAUCAACGUGUUCGGAGCUAUUGCCAUACUCUCGGACGAUGAUGAGAAUUUGCACCUAAGGAUUAAUAACCCCAGGGAUUUGUUCAGCCUGCGUGGGCGGAAGACAGGAAGUACGCAGUUCCACACUUUGAUCACAUGUUCAAAAAUCAUUCUUGUGGAAUAUGCCGGGAUCAAUUUAUAG